GCGCGGAGAGAGGCACAGUGUGGAGAAACGCCGCGCGCACGCACGUUCAUUCCAGCAGCCCGGUCGCGCAACCUGAGCUGCGCGUGAACUUACCGGACAAACAUGGGACCUUCGGGAUACUUCUUACUGGCGCUCGCGCUGGCAACGGCCUUAGCAACCAAGACUAACAUACCGCGCCUGCGCAUCUCUUAUAAAGACCUGCUGACCACCAACCGCUCCUCCAUCUUCUCCGGCCUCCGCGGCGACCUGCAGCUCUCCUCCAUGUUCCUGGAUGAGUAUCACGACAGGCUGUUUCUGGGAGGGAAGGAUGUGCUUUAUUCUCUGAGACUGGACCACACACACUCCGACGCUAAAGAGAUCCACUGGCCGCUGCCUGGUAAUCGGGAGGAAUGUGUCCUAAAAGGAAAGGAUCCAGAGACGGAGUGUGCUAACUUCAUCCGUCUCCUGCAGCCGUUUAACCGGACUCACCUGCUGGCCUGCGGAACCGGAGCGUUCCAACCUGUGUGUGCACUAGUGCACGUCGGACAUCGCGGAGAGCAUGUGUUCUCUCUGGACCCGUCCACUGUGGAGAACGGCAGAGGAAAAUGCCCUCACGACCCCAAACAGCCCUUCGCCAGCACCUUCACCGGUGGAGAGUUAUACACAGGGCUGACGGCUGAUUUUUUGGGGAGAGAUUCUGUGAUUUUGAGGAGUUUGGGGAAUCGCUCUCCCAUGAGAACCGAAACUGACCAGAGAAUCCUGCACGAGCCCAGGUUCGUUGCUGCUCACCUUAUUCCAGACAGUACAGAUAAAGAGGAUGACAAAGUGUACUUCUUCUUCACGGAGAGAGUGAGCGAGGCCGGAGAGAGGGAGGGAGAGGCAGCCAUACACACCCGCAUCGGACGAGUGUGUGCGAAUGAUGCAGGAGGUCAGAGAGUGCUGGUGAAUAAGUGGAGUACGUUUGUUAAAGCUCGGCUGGUGUGUUCUGUACCCGGACCUCAUGGCAUUGACACACACUUCGACCAGCUGGAGAACGUGUUUCUUCUGAGGACAAAAGAUGAAAGGAAUCCAGAUGUUUAUGCCAUUUUCAGCACCAUCAGUAAUGUCUUCCAGGGCUUUGCAGUGUGUGUGUACAGUAUGGCUGAUAUUCGUGAAGUGUUUAAUGGGCCGUUCGCUCAUAAAGAGGGUCCAGAUUACCAGUGGGGACCUUAUGAGGGACGAGUUCCUUACCCACGACCUGGAGUGUGCCCCAGUAAGAUCACGGCUCAGCCGGGUCGGGCGUUCAGCAGUACGCUGCAGUUUCCGGACGCUGUGCUGCAGUUCGCUCGUUCUCACCCUCUCAUGUGGAAGAGCGUGUACCCGGCCCAGCGCCAGCCUCUGCUCAUCCGCACCAGCGCCCCCUACAGGCUCACGCACAUCACCGUCGACCGCACGCAGGCCGAGGACGGACCCUACGACGUCAUGUUCAUUGGCACAGAUGUUGGAACGGUCCUGAAGGUCAUCGCAUUGAGAAAUGGAAACACACUGAGCAGUGAGGAGAUCACGCUGGAGGAGCUGCAGGUCUUUAAGGUUCCCACUCCCAUCACCUCCAUGGAAAUCUCAGUGAAGAGGCAAUCUCUGUUUGUGGGUUCGAGUGUGGGCGUGGCUCAGGUGUUGCUGCACCGCUGCAGUAUGUACGGUAAAGCGUGUGCCGAGUGCUGCCUGGCCCGGGACCCGUACUGCGCCUGGGACGGACAGGCGUGCACCCGCUAUACGCUCAACAGCAAACGCCGCUACCGCCGACAGGACAUCAGACACGCCAACCCCGCCCUGCAGUGCACCGACCAGAACCAGAGCGUGGAAGACGUGGACCUGGCUGAGGACAGGGUGGUGUACGGUACUGAGAAUAACAGCACCUUUCUGGAGUGUGUUCCUCGCUCUCCACAGGCUACUGUCACCUGGCACAUACAGCGAGAGGAACAUCUGGAGGAGAUGAUCUUAGAUGAUCGCGUGGUGAAAACGGAGGAGGGUUUGCUGUUCCGUCGCGUGUUGCGUCACGACGAAGGCGUUUACGUUUGCCGCUCUCGAGAACACAGCUUCACCCAAACCAUCUCACGCAUCUGGCUGGACGUGUUACGAGGAGACACGCUCACGGAUUUACUCUCACGCGACAGCAAGCAGCGGCCGUGGCCUCCGUGCCCCACCCACCUGGGUCCGGCCAAUCGCACCCCGGCAAAGGCGUGGUUUAAGGACGUCCUCCAGCUGAUUGGUCCAUCGAAUCUCCCUCAGGUAGAACAGUACUGCGAGCGCGUCUGGUGCAACGAGAAGCUGCGACGGAAACACAAGAGCAUGAUGGACAAAUACCGACAAGCGCAGGACAUCGCACGCAAAACCCGCGUGACCAAAAACACCGGGGAACGCAACCGCACGCCGCGGGAUACCAGCCGCAGGGCCACGCACACGCAGAGGGAAAAGUGAGGGGCGGAGUUAUGGACCGAGAGCGUUAACUCUCUCUCUAUUAAAAUAUAUAAAAAGACACACUCAAACAGAACUCACACACACUCUGACGGACUGUAAGAUGUUGUAAAUAUAAUGUUUUAGUAAAUUUAAUGUGUUUAAUUUCUCAAUUUCUCAGUUUCUCGCCGACCUGUGAAGUCAUCCUUACUGUACUAUACUGUAUCAGCUGUUACAUGAUGUCACACUAUUCUAUGAUGUCAUUUUUCAUAUAAUUUGACGACAGUUGGAGCUCCAACAGGAGAAAUAGCGACUAUAUCAUCCUUGUCAACUCUUUCUAUGAGUGUCAUCUCUAUUAGACUCACAUUCAUAAUUCAUAUUUUAAUGCAUUCAUAACUUAAGGCAUCAUAAACAUAUUAGAAUAUAUCUAAAACAUUCUGUACUCACUUUUUUGCACUAUAAGGUGCAACAGAUUAUAAGGAUGGCAUUUUAAGAAACUCUAUAAGAAACUUCUAUAGGGAAAUUCAGUAAAGCUAAAGCUAAGCUAAGUAAACAAAACUGUAAUAAAGUCAAACGAGUGCUGGAUGUUAAUCUAAACAGAUUUCUCCCCUGUAAACUGUUUAUUUGGGUGAUUAAAACGCUUCUUUUUAUUUACAGUAAGCUUAGAUUCACAAAUUUCUCCAACACUAAACAUUAGCUGGAGCAUUAGCAUUAGUGGCUAACCAUUAGCAGGUAAUGCUAAUGCUGCUCCAGCAGUGCUUUUAAGGUAUGCAUCUAUAAAGUAUUUGUACAACAGAAAUCCCUGUGUGUUUAGAGGUAACCUUAUAUCAUAGCAAACCCAAACCACACAUUUCUACACUUUACUAUUCACCUGUGACCUACGAAGUCAUACAAAUGUUUAUAAAAAUGCAUAACCCAUUACAGCCAUGUUUAUUAUGCAUUACGACUUGUGAUCAUAACACUGCAAAUAUGUAAAAGCUGUGCUUAAAGCAUAUAAUAUGUAUGUUAAAAUAUAAUAUACUGUAUAUCUAUCAUUAAUAAUCUAACUUUCCCACAAUGAAAGCAUUUCACUUUUCUUGGAGCAUAUCUGUUAUGAAACCUGUUAUAAUACAUUUAUAAGUGACUAUAACUAAUAUUAUAUUCAAGACAUGAAAAACUCAUUAGUGGUUAUACAUAUACUGCAUUCAGAGCAAGUUUUUAGAAGCAUUUUUAGGCAUAAUGCAAGUCAAUUCUGCAAGCUGGGACUGAGUUUAUUGACGUAUGAGCUAUUAAUGAUGCAUUAUGAUCACAAUUCAUGAUGCGUAAUAAGCAUGAAUUUGAGGGGUUAUACAUUUUUAUGAAUAUUUAUAUCCAUGUAUAUAGUGCCUUAUUAAUGAAUGCAUUAUAAUAAUGUGUUAUGAGUAUGUUUAUAGAGUCUUAUAGAGACGACAUUCAUAGAAAGUGUUACUUUAGGAAUUAAAAUUACUUUACGAAAUGAAGAUCAGUCAAUCUGAAAAACGCUAUGAUGAUGAAACUGGCACUCAUCAGGAUUGCCGCAGGAUAGGAAGAGUAAGAAUUUCCUCUGUUGUACAGGAUAAGUUCUUUCGAGUUACCACAAGUUAACAGCUCCCCAGAUAAGAGCACCUAAAUGCUUCUUCACAGACUAUUCUGAUUGUUUAACACUUUUAAAAUUCACUACAUGAUUCCUUAUGUGAUUUUAGGGAUUAAAAAAUAUUCUGUAACUCUACAGACAUCAUCACUCAGCAGCUGUAAUUAAAGGGGAGGAUAUAAAUGAAACAGGAGCUCAGUAGAGAAGCUUAUAAACUGAAAAUCCGACGUCACGUCACUUUAAGACGACUGUUUGGUUUUUUUUUUUUUUUCUUUUUUCCCCCCAGUAAGGCUUAAAGCUCAGCUUCAGUCAGUCUGUGUUGAUCCAUUUAUUCUGGGUGAAGUCUGGGAACACACAACCUGUUUCCUCUGAAAAUAUAUUACUGUUGAUCUAAUCUCCCAGAGCGCGAGAGCUGCGACAGUAAAAAAAGGAAAGUUAACACACAGAAAUAUACUGUAGACCUGAACAGGCCUUUCUGAGGCAUUAAGACCCAUUCACGCUUAUUAUUACUGAAUAUAGUACUAGUUUUCAUAUGAUUUACCACAGAUAAAGAGAGCACUUCAGUUUCUGAAUCAGUUUCUCUGAUUUUGCUAUUUAUAGGUUUAUGUUUGAGUAAAAUGAACAUUGUUGUUUUAUUCUAUAAACUACAGACAACAUUUCUCCCAAAUUCCAAAUAAAAAUAUUCUCAUUUAGAGCAUUUAUUUACAGAAAAUGAGAAAUGUCUGAAAUAACAAUAAAGAUGCAGAGCUUUCAGACCUCAAAUAAUGCAAAGAAAACAAGUUCAUAUUCAUAAAGUUUUAAGAGUUCAGAAAUCAAUAUUUGGUGGAAUAACCCUGGUGGUUUUUAAUCACAGUUUUCAUGCAUCUUGGCUAAGCCUGUCCAAUAAGGAUUUUUUGUGGACGAUAUAUUAUCCUAGAAAUAAUUGCGAUACACAAUAUUUUUGUAAUUCUAAUUAGUUUGGGAAUUAAAUACUUAUUUCUUGACUUAUUUUUAAGGCUUUAAAUCAGAAAACUACAAAAAAAACAAGCAACAUCAAUCAACAUUCAUCAUAAUUAAUACUGUAUAUCUUUAUUUAAAUCUGCAUCUCUGAAUACGUUGCUUUAAUAACUGUAUGGACUGAUUUUAACAGACUGGUUAAUGCUCGAUUCAGCACUGUAGUUUGUUUUAUCUCUGUAGAUAACUCUUCGUCUAGAUAAAGAUGAGUCGGUGAAGAGUUUGUGUUGGAAUAUUUGAUGUAUUUAUGUCUUAUUUAAAAGCGUUUCUUGCAUGCGGAGUGUACAGAUGUGAUUUAUUUCCUUAAUGAUGCUUAAAUAAAACUUUAUUCAUCGUA